AUGGCAUUGUCUGGAUUAAAAAGUAACUUACUCCCCAGCUCCCCAUCUCUGUGAGCAAGCAAAACUAUAAGAAAAUCUAUUUAUUGGAAAAAAAUCCGCGAGCGAACAAAAAUUUAUUAAAUAUAAAACAUAUUUGAAUAUAUCAUUCAUAGUUAUAAUAAUAAAAUCUCCAGUUAGUUUAAACAGCUUAUAUUCUAAAUCAAAUUAAAUUAUUUUACUCAAUUGUCUUUUAAAUUUCAAAAAAAAAAUUAUCAUAAUUUUUUUAAAUCCAUGAGAUUUUUUGCCUACAAAGAGGGGAUUUAGAUGAAUCUGAUAGCGAUGAAGAGCCAGAAUUCCUCCAAUAUAAAGUAGUGAUCUUGGGUGAUGGUACGGUUGGCAAAACAUCACUAUGCAUGUGCCUGAAUGAGGCAGAGUUCCAAGUUCGCUACAAGCAAACAAUUGGUCUUGACUUCUUUGUGAAACGUUUAGAACUCCCUGGAAAUAUUCACAUCGCUCUUCAGAUAUGGGAUAUCGGAGGUCAAAGCAUUGGCAGCAAGAUGCUAAGCACUUAUAUAUACGGGGCCAAUGCAGUUGUGUUUGUUUAUGAUAUCACGAACUAUCAAUCAUUUAUUAACUUAGAAGAAUGGCUGCAAGUGGUAAAGAAAACCUUUGAAGGAAUUGACUUACCUUAUAUGUGCCUGAUUGGCAAUAAAACUGACUUAUUUCACAUGCAGGCUGUAAAACUCGACAAGCACAACACAUUUGCUGACCGAAAUGGGCUAUACUCCUACUUAGUAAGCGCAAAGACUGGGGACCAAGUUUAUAACUCCUUCUUCCGAAUUGCAGCAGAUUUAAGCGGAGUUGUCCUUUCUGCAGCUGAUAUAGAAUGUGCGCAAAAAGUAAUCAAAGCUGAAAUUGUCACUUAUGCAAACUCAGAAGAGCAGCAGCCUAAGAUUACAACAGUAAAUACAGCACCUCCUCCAACAGCUCCUACGACGCCUCACGUUACUCUUCCUCCAGCCCCAGCUCAGCGAGAAAAAAAGAAGAAAAAAUGCACUAUAUUUUAA